AUGCAACGAAUUAUUCAAAAAAAGGUUUAUAUUGAACAAGAAUUUCUAUUCGAUCAAUGCAAUAGAGGUGAGCAUUGUCAUGCAUUAGGGCCCCAUUUAAGAUAUAUAUAUCAAGGAAAGAAGAACACAGGUUGCCUAUAUAAUUUUCCAACCUGUGCCCGCCCAGAUCUAACGAAAAAAGUGACAGCCCAACCAUACAAAAAAGAGACGGUAUGCACGCCUUUCUCACAUAAAGAUUACUCUUUUUGGGGUAUCUUGACAUCAAAAAAGGUCUUUUUAAAAGUUAAAAUUAUUGUCUUUCAUGCUAUUUCUUUAAAAUUGUAA